AUGCCUCCGGUCCCCAAGCCCACCUCCGACCACUAUGACAUGAUCGUCAUCGGUGGCGGCUCCGGCGCCAUGGGCGUCAGCCGACGUGCCGCCUACUACGGCAAGAAGGUGUGCGUCAUCGAGGAGGACGGCCGCCUGGGAGGUACCUGCGUCAACGUCGGUUGCGUGCCCAAGAAGCUCAUGUGGCACGCGGCCGACAUCGCCGAGAAGCUCAAGGAGGCGCCCGAGUACGGCUUCGGCGACAGCGUCGACAAGCCCAAGGUGCCCGGCUUCGAGUGGAAGUACUUUGCCGAGAAGCGCGACGCCUACGUGCGCCGGCUCAACGGCAUCUACGACCGCAACCUCGACAAGGACGGCGUCGAGUACAUCAGCGGUCACGGCAAGCUGGUGGGCAAGAACGAGGUCGAGAUCACGAUGCGCGGCGAGGACGGCCAGAUGAACGCCGGCACCCACCGCAUCCGCGGCGACGCCAUCGUCAUCGCCACCGGCGGCCGCCCCGUCAUCCCGAGCGACGACAAGAUCCCCGGCGCCAGCCUCGGCAUCAACUCGGACGGCUUCUUCGCGCUGCGCGAGCAGCCCAAGCGCGUCGUCGUCGUGGGCGCCGGCUACAUUGCCGUCGAGCUCGCCGGCGUCUUCCACACGCUGGGCAGCGAGACGCACCUGCUGAUCCGCCACGACAAGUUCCUGCGGCCGUUUGACCCCAUCCUGCACGACACCAUCGCCGAGUACAUGGACAAGACGGGCCUCCAGGUGCACAAGUCGACCAACAUCACCAAGGUCAGCGGCGGCAACGGCAAGCCGCUCCAGAUUGAGACGGACAAGGGCGAGACGAUCGAGGCCGACUGCCUGCUGUGGGCGAUUGGCCGCCGGCCCAACACCGACAACCUGGGGCUCGAGGACGUGGGCGUCAAGACCGACGAGGGCGGCAACAUUGUCGUCGACAAGUACCAGGUCACCAACAUCCCCAACAUUUUCUCGAUUGGCGAUGUGCAGGGCAAGGCGCUGCUGACGCCCGUCGCCAUCGCCGCGGGGCGCAAGCUGUCGAACCGCCUGUACGGCCACUCGGACCUCAAGGACGACCACAUGGACUACGACAAUAUCCCUACGGUCAUCUUCUCGCACCCGCCGUCGGGCACCGUCGGGCUGAGCGAGGAGGAGGCGUACAAGAAGUUUGGCAAGGACCAGGUGACGGUGCACCAGACCAAGUUUGUCGCCAUGUACUACGGAAUGCUCGAGCACAAGGCGCCGUCGGCGUACAAGCUGGUCGUGGGGCCGGGCGACAAGGUCGUCGGCCUGCAUAUUGUUGGCCUGGGCGUCGACGAGAUGCUGCAGGGUUUUGCGGUCGCCGUCAAGAUGGGAGCCACGACGCGCGACUUUAUCGAGACUUGCAACAUCCACCCGGUCGCGGGCGAGGAGCUGACGAGCAUGGUGUUCGACGGCAAGAAGCCCUGA